UUGGAAAUGAAGCACCGAUAUUUCAGUGCAUAGGAAUGUUAGCCAAAGCGGUCGGACAAGCGCUUACAAAACACAUGCACGAAUUACUUGACCUAAUGUUUGCUUGUGGAUUGAGCGAACCACUCCGAGACGCGUUAAAUGAUUUAGCUUUCUAUAUUCCACCAUUAUUAAAAACAAUCCAAGACCGUUUACUAGACAUGCUAUCGAUGACAUUAAGUGGGCAACAUUUCCGUCUACCUGGAACAUUCCCUUCUGAUGCAAACGAUAUUAGGAGACAUUAUGCCGCCCAAAUAUCUGAAAUAAAAGAUAUUGAGACUAUAACAUUGGCCCUGAAUACUUUGGGCAGUUUCAAUUUCGAAAAUCAUACUUUGAAUGAAUUUGUAAAAGAUUGUGUGGUACGCUAUCUGGAAACUGAUAACGUCGAAGUUCGAAAAGCUGCAGCAUUUACAUGUUGUCAACUAUUCGCACGUGAUCCAAUUCUGGACCAAAUCAGUUGUCACUCUAUACAAGUAGUCAACGAAGUGCUUGAAAAGCUUUUAGCAGUUGGUGUUGCUGAUCCGGACGCAUCCAUACGAGAAACUGUCUUGUCGAAUCUCAAUAAAAAAUUUGACCGACAUCUAGCACAAGCAGAAAAUAUUCGCUCCCUAUUUAUUGCAAUGAAUGACGAAGUUUUUGCUAUACGCGAGAUUACAAUAUCCAUUAUCGGUCGACUGGCAACACAUAAUCCAGCAUAUGUGAUGCCUUCUUUGAGAAAAACAUUAAUUCAACUUUUAACAGAACUCGAGUAUUCUUCAGUGAGUCGAAAAAAAGAAGAAAGUGCACGACUAUUAAGUUUAUUAGUCUCAGCAUCACAAAAGCUAAUCAAGCCUUACGUUGAAUCAAUUCUCACAGCACUGUUACCAAAAUCACGAGAUCCAAGUCCAGCAGUCGCUUCUAGUGUAUUAGCAGCUCUUGGUGAACUAGCACGAGUUGGCGGAGAAGAUCUAAUUCCUUUCUUAGAUGAUUUAAUGCCUCUGAUUAUUGACGCAUUACAGGAUCAAGGCUCUAUUACAAAAAGAGAUGCAGCAUUAAAAACACUUGGGCAACUUGCAAGCAAUACUGGCUUUGUGAUUGAUCCGUACUUGAAGUAUCCUCAAUUGCUUAAUAUCUUAAUAAACAUUUUGCAAACGGAGACUUCUACGUCCAUAAGACGAGAGACUGUGAAACUAGUUGGUAUACUUGGUGCACUAGAUCCUUACCGACAUAAGAUAACUAUUGUCUCAUCUGACGAGGCAAUGUCUGAUCCUAAAUCGUCAAACUCGGAUGUUUCUUUACUUAUGAUCGGAAUGGGUCCAUCUUCUGAAGAUUAUUAUCCUACAGUCGUAAUAAACGCGUUGAUGAGGAUAUUGCGAGAUCCUACAUUAGCCGUUCAUCAUACUGCGGUAAUUACAGCUGUCAUGUAUAUUUUCAAGACACUUGGUUUGAAAUGCGUUCCAUUUUUGCCCCAAAUAACACCCGCAUUUUUGGGUGUAAUGCGAACAUGUCCAAAUGGAAUGCUUGAUUUCUAUUUUCAACAAUUAAGUAUUCUCGUCUCAAUAGUUCAACAACACAUACGAAACUACUUAACAGAUAUUUUUCAAUUAGUCAAAACUUACUGGAAUCCGAGUGCACCAAUUCAGAUAAUGAUCAUUAAUCUUGUGGAAGAAAUUGCUCGUGCAUUAGAUGGUGAAUUUAAAAAUUAUCUGCCGAAACUUUUAUCUGAUUUACUGCAGAUUUUUGAAGAAGAUAAAAGCGAUAAACGGCAACCAACACAAAAAGUCUUACACGCACUUGUGGUCUUUGGGACUAAUAUUGAGGAAUAUAUGCAUCUUAUCAUUCCAAUGGUAGUAAAACUUUUUGAGAAACAAGAUGUUCUGAUUUCUUUGCGAAAAACAGCAAUAGUAACUAUUGGACAAUUAUCAAAGAAAGUGAACUUCUCGGAUCAUGCAUCAAGAAUUAUACAUCCUCUUGCUCGAGUCCUCGCUGUGCCAGUAUAUGAAUUGAGAAUGGCAGCAAUGGAUACGCUUUGUGAACUUGUCUAUCAGCUUGGCUCGGACUAUGCUAUAUUCAUUCCAAUGAUCAAUAAAGUACUACAAAAGCAUCGAAUUCAACACCAACUCUACGAAAUCUUAGUUUCAAAAUUAUUAAAAGGAGAGGCAUUACCCCAGGAUUUCGGAUUAGAGGAACGUUACAAUGAAUCAAAGGCUGAAGAGACGCCUGCAGCUGAAGCAAGCGCAAAAAAACUUCCGGUCAAUCAGCAACAUCUCAAAAAUGCAUGGGAGUGUUCACAAAGAUCAACUCGCGAUGAUUGGUCCGAAUGGAUUCGUCGAUUAAGCGUUGAGUUACUUAAAGAAUCGCCAUCACAUGCAUUAAGAGCAUGCGCAAGUUUGGCUGGAGUCUAUCAUCCCUUAGCACGUGAACUAUUUAAUGCUGGAUUCAUAUCUUGUUGGUCAGAACUUUAUUAUCAAUACAAAGAUGAAUUGGUGCAAU